AGCGCACCGGGAGGCUCCAGUCAGUCAGGCGUUGGGGCUGUGGGCUUUUAUCUUUUUUUCGCCCGCCUCCUGACGUACUGCUCUGCAGGCAGCUUCGUUGCCGGGACGCGGGCGCACUCAGACUGUAGUUUGUUUCCUCAGGAAGGCGAAGAGACAGGCUGUGGAGGCCCAAGAGGUCCCCGAGGCCGUGGGGGUGGGGUGGCAAUGUGGUCACUAAGGGUCUAUACCCGCAAGAAGCGGGCCGGCCAGAGGCUCAACCUAACCCCGACGCCGGACCUAGGCCCCACCGCGAAGGCAGAGGCCCCCCCAGGUCCAGGCAGAAGGCACUCUGCGCACCGCCUGAAAGGAAAAGCGCACCGUUUGCAGAAGAUCUCAGAGAAAGCAGAGAGCAGUGGGCAGGGAGUUAGCGGUUCUAGGCCACCAAGCGCUCGGUUAAGAGUUACAGGACAGAAAAGCCUGCAAGAAAAUAGCACUAAUGAAGAACCUCCGGAUGAGAAGAUUGCUCCAUUGAGUGAGUCAGUGACUGAUGACCUCCAGGUUGACUGUAGUUCAUCCAAUAGUGAGCUAGUGUCAGGACUAAGUGUGCAGCAUGGUAUUUCUAGUUCUCUUCUGAGCUAUUCAUUCACAGACUCUUACACAGAAUACAAGAGUUUUGAAGAGAGUUUAAGUAGUUUCCCAUCACCUGAACUCUUCAGAGGAUCAGAUUAUUUAGAUUGGGAAUGUCCCAAGUUGGAAGAACACAUGCGAUGCAAAAAUUCCACUCUUCUGGAUACCAGUAAAGCAGUAUCAAUAGAGAAGGUACCACAGUUUUCAAACGUCUCUGCAAUUUUAGGUAUGCCUUCAGAAGACUAUCAGAAAUGCCAUAGAGAAAUAGUGAUGAUGUUAGCAGACCAAAAUAUUUCUCUAAAACCAAAGAGUACUUCACAUUCAGAAUCAGAUAAUGCAGCUUGUGAAGUUUUACUUGCUGAGAAAACUUACCCUUCAGCCCCUGGAAAAACAAAGAAAAAACCUGAAAAAGAUCCUGAACCCAGAGAUACAAAUUUUCAAACAAAGUUAAGUUCUCGUCAUCUAAAAAUCAAGGUUCCUUCAGGUAGAUCAAUUACCAAAAUUCCAUUGUCUCAGCCCCUGGAACCUACAUUGAGAACAAAUUCUAGUAUUCCUGAUAAGAAAAGCAGAGGCCUCUUAACAAGCACUCCAUCUUCGCAAACUGCUGGUUUAGUGAUUGAUUUGUCCUCAGUGCAGAGAGCAUCUUUUGAAGAACUGUUUCCAAAUGUCAGCAAUUAUGUUAAUUCAAAUGAAAUUGUUCCUGUGUCAAAUUUGCAAGAAAAUUCUUCAAAUGAGGUUCCUUCAAAUACAUCAGAAAUAUGUUGUAUUAUUAGAGCAACACCAAGAACUAGACAAAAGAAAAGUAAAGGUGUUAUUGUAAAGAAGAAGAAAUAUUCCCCACCUAAAGAUAUUCCUCAAGAUAUUAUAAUAAAAACAAAUGGCAGAAUAUAGCAGCCAUGGCUGAAUUUUCACCACUUUGAAGAUAUACAUGAAGUCAAAGUCCAUAAAGCAGAAUGUCUGGCUGAAAUUAUAUAUAAUUCAAAAAUCAAAAUUCUCUAAUUAUUUGUGAUAUAUCCUGGUUAUGAAAUUCUACUGAGAUUCUUAUAAUUUACUUUUAAUCAGUAAAGAAACAUUCUUAUGUAUGCCUCUUAAAUAUAUGUAUUUGUAUCGUAAAAUAAGAAUAAAUAGCUUAUAUUAAAAGACUCUACACUAAACAGAUGAUUUCAGCUAUUUAUAAAGAGCAAAGUACCAGGCUACUAUGUAACUUCCUUUGUUUUUUUUUCCCCAAAGUUUGUCCUCUGUAUGGAUUAAAAGUAGUAAAGUUGUUGAAGCACUAAAAAUGAAAAUGCUUAUAUUACGAGCUAUUUUUAACAGAACUUAAUUGAAACCACAUGAGUGAGAGACCUACUUCCAGGUCUGACUGAAAGAAACUCUAUACUCUAGUUUGCUGAAGCAGGGAAUGUGUAAUACGUACAAUCAAUCAUACACUAAGUUUUUGAUAUAUUACCUCAUCCUUAAACCUUCUUUAGCUAAUACUGUCUGUAAGAUUUUGUGUGUUUGUGCAUGUGUGAUAUUAUUUGUUGUGGUGUCUCCACACUGCUCUUCCUAAAAAGCAGCAGUCCUGUUGUCAGUGAACAUAGUACAAUUGUGUAACUGUUGGUGAAAUUUUAACUCUUGAUGGUUUGCUAAUGUUAUUAUACAUAAAAGAAAAUAAGAGUCACAUUUUCAAA